UGACCAGUUUCGGGGAGCACGGUCUACGCUCUGCGUGUAUUUUUUCCUUAACCUCCGAUGCAGAACCUCAUCUUCAGAUACUUGCAAAAUAGAUCUCGGAUUCAGGUGUGGCUUUAUGAGCAAGUGAACAUGCGGAUAGAGGGCUGUAUCAUUGGUUUUGAUGAGUACAUGAACCUCGUAUUAGAUGAUGCAGAAGAGAUUCAUUCUAAAACAAAGUCAAGAAAACAACUGGGUCGGAUCAUGCUAAAAGGAGAUAAUAUUACCCUGCUCCAAAGUGUCUCCAACUAGAAAUGAAAUCAAUGAAGUGAUGAGAAAUUCUUGAGAAGGACAUGUAGUUUGUUUUUUAGAGGUCCCUUGUUGGGAGUAUAGUUCCAGAACAUUUGUUCCUACUGUUUUGAUUACCUUUAUGUUAUUACCAGGUGACAAUAAAUGCUAUGGGA